UUGGAGCCGUAUCAAUAUAUCGUCCAGAUUCCAGGAAAAGAGAUUCGUGUCAAACUGAUUCAAGCAUUCAACAACUGGCUACAAAUACCAGAGGAUAAGUUAGCAGCUAUCAGUUCUGUAGUGCAGAUGUUGCAUAAUGCAAGCUUACUUAUUGAUGAUAUCGAAGAUAAUUCAAAGUUACGCCGAGGGGUCCCAGUAGCACAUCAGAUCUUUGGACUUGCUCAAACAAUCAAUGCUGCCAAUUAUGUCUACUUUAAGGCAAUGCAUGAAAUUUUAUCUCUAAACCACCCUGAUGGAGUAAAAAUAUUUACCGAGGAAAUGUUGGAGUUGCAUCAGGGGCAGGGUUUAGAUAUUUUGUGGAGAGAUUCGCACAAUUGCCCAAGCGAAGAAGAAUAUAAAAUGAUGGUCAAUAAAAAAACUGGUGGACUCUUUCGCCUAGCUGUAAAUUUGAUGCAGCUGUUUAGCGAAAAUAAACGAAAUUUUACUCCCUUACUCAAUUAUCUCAGUUUAUUUUUUCAAAUUGGGGACGACUAUGCAAAUCUACAAUCUACACAAUACUCAAAAAAUAAAAGCUUUUGUGAAGAUUUAACGGAAGGAAAAUUCUCCUUUCCAAUAAUACAUGCAGCGCAUACUGAAACAGGAAGAAACACUGUUCUAAAUAUCGUUAGACAACGUACUACGGACGAUCAUGUGAAGCAAUUUUGCGUGGAACUAUUAGAAAAGGUUGGUUCGUUCUCGUAUACAAGAGAAAUCUUGCGGGGUCUUUCAGUGCAAGUUAUGGAGGAAGUUAAAAAUCUAGGAGGCAAUGAAGAACUAUGCCAGUUAUUGCAACAGUUAUCUGUUGCUUUCAGUCUGGGUUAA